AUGAAGUUCUACGCUGCUCAGGUUCUCGCUUUGGCCAGCAUCGCCAGCGCUCUUCCUCGCCCCAACUACGGCACUGGAUCUUACACCCAGCCAAGUGCUCCUCUCUCCACCGGUGUCUCUGGUCCUAGCUACGGAUCUGGUGGCGCCAGCUCAGGCCCCAGCUACGGCUCUGGCUCUGGCUCUUCUGGCUCUUCGGGCGACAAGACCCCCAGCUCUGGCAAGGGAGGCCUCAACCUUCCUGGUCUCGGCGGAGGUGCCGGUCUCCCCGGUCUCGGUGGCUCUGCAGGAGGAAAGGGAGGUCUUGGCGGCAUGCUCGGUGGCCUCACGGGUGCCGGGUCUGGCAAGCUCCCUGGUCUCUCUGGCGGCCUCGACAUCCCCGGCCUCAGCGGUUCAGGCGGUGCCAAGGGAGGACUUCCCGGUCUCAGCGGAGGUGCCGGUCUUCCCGGACUCGGUGGCUCUGGCAAGGGAGGCCUCAACCUUCCUGGUGUCAGCGGAGGUGUUGGCCUUCCCGGCCUCACCGGAGGUGCUGGUCUUCCCGGUCUCGGUGGCUCUGGCAAGGGAGGUCUAGGUGGCCUCGGUGGCCUCAUGGGCGGAAUCGGAGGUGGCGCUAACGGUGGAGCAUCUGGCAACGCUGGUGCUGGCGUUGGCGGCUCAGUCGGCGGUGGUGCUCACGGAGGAGCUGGUGCCGGUGUCGGUGGUGGUGCUGGUGUCGGUGGCUCAGUCGGUGGUGGUGCCCACGGUGGCGUCGGUGCUGGUGUCGGUGGUAACGCUGGUGCUGGUGUCGGUGGUGCUGUUGGUGGUGGUGCCAACGGAGGAGUAGGAGCUGGUGUCGGUGGCCAUGCUGGUGCCGGUGUCGGUGGUGCCGUUGGUGGCGGUGCUGGUGCUGGCGUUGGAGGCCACGCUGGAGCUGGUGUUGGCGGAAAUGCUGGUGCUGGUGCUGGUGUUGGCGGCUCUGUCGGCGGCGGUGCUGGCGUUGGUGGCCACGCUGGAGCUGGUGCCGGUGUCGGUGGUGGUGCUGGUGUUGGUGGCUCCGUUGGUGGAGGCGCUGGUGUCGGUGGCCACGCUGGUGCUGGUGUUGGCGGCUCAGGCUCUGUCGGUGGAGGUGCUGGUGCCGGUGUUGGAGGCUCUGUCGGUGGCGGUGCCGGUGUAGGUGGCCACGCUGGAACUGGAGCUGGUGUUGGCGGCUCAGUCGGCGGCGGUGCUGGUGUCGGUGGCUCAGUUGGCGGUGGCGCUGGUGUUGGUGGCCACGCUGGUGCCGGUGCUGGAGGCUCAGGCUCCGUCAGCGGAGGUGCUGGUGCUGGUGCUGGUGCUGGUGCUGGUGCUGGUGCCGGAGCUGGAGGCAACGGAACCUACGAUGCUUAA